CCGGCAGUGUCCCCGUAAAACAACUAGGCAUCCAAACCAACGUCCAAAACCGACCAUUUCAAACACACAGAUUCGCUCUAAAUUCCUCUGAAUUCAGAAAUCGACACUUCUACUGUUUCCUCCACAUAUACUUAUAAUACAACCCACAAGGGGAGGUUAAGAUCAGUGCAGAGAAGAUAUUGGGGGGCAUUUAAUGCAUCAGAAGAAAUCUGCAGAACAAGUGAUCAAGAUCGGAGGGGAAAGCAGCACAAGGGAUUGCUUCUUUUCCGAUUUACGUCCAAACCCACCUCCUCUUUUUCCUCUACACCAAAUCCAUACCCUAGGAGGAAAGGGAAACUUCUCUCAAUCAUCAACCCCACAAGGGUUUGCUUUCUCCCUUCCCAACAAACCCCAUCUCACCAUCCAAAUUCCACCCAACCCACCAUCGAUUCCAACCCACAGUCAUCAUGAAACCUUCUCCGAUUCCUCGGCACAUGCCCUUCUCUCCACACCCCACAAGAGGUCUGUGAUGACCCAAACCCUGGCUAAGUCCCCAACUCUUUCUUCUUUUAAGAACCAUGGCCACCAUCGCCAUAAAGAUUCUUCCUUUUCGCAACCCUUUUCUUGUUCCGGGUAUUUUGCUAUUCCAUUUGAUGCACAACGAGUUGCUGGCACUCUGAUUCGUCAUUUGAGCGGUGCCCGUUUGAUUUGUUUCCAACUGCGCUUUCUUUUUCUGUUCUCACUGGCUUCGAUUUACUUUCUUGUGUCCAAUCCUGGUCGCUUCUUUGUCCUUAAUUUCCUUUUCUUACUCGCUUUCUCUCUUACCCUUUUAAUUUCUCUGAAUCUUGGGCUCCCUCGCCUUCCCUCGAUUCGGUUACUGCUUGCUCGUUCAUUGCCGAGUAAAUUCAGCUCGUUUGGUGGUUCAUCCUCAAAAUCUUCAAGACCUGUGGUUUGGUCAAUUGGGGCGAAGCCAAAAUCGGAAAGGAAGGUGAAUUCGGGAUAUUGGGUGCAGGUCUACAGCAAUGGGGAUGUAUAUGAGGGGGAGUUUCAUAAAGGGAAAUUUUCGGGGAGUGGGGUUUACUACUACCAUAUGAAGGGGAGGUAUGAGGGGGAUUGGGUUGAUGGGAAAUAUGAUGGUCAUGGUGUAGAAACAUGGGCUAGAGGGAGCCGAUAUCGUGGCCAGUAUAGGCAGGGUUUGAGGCACGGAAUUGGAGUGUAUAGGUUUUACACUGGUGAUGUUUAUGCUGGGGAGUGGUCUAAUGGGCAGUGUCAUGGGUGUGGAGUGCAUACUUGUGAGGAUGGUAGUAGGUAUGUAGGGGAGUUCAAGUGGGGUGUUAAGCAUGGCCUUGGUCAUUACCAUUUCAGAAAUGGAGACACAUAUGCUGGGGAAUACUUUGCAGAUAAGAUGCAUGGCUAUGGUGGUUAUCAAUUUGGUAAUGGGCACCAGUAUGAGGGAGCUUGGCAUGAGGGAAGAAGGCAGGGGCUUGGUAUGUACACUAGAAAUGGCGAGACACAAUGUGGUCACUGGCAAAAUGGGAGUCUUGAUCUUCCUAGCUCACAAAAUACACAUCUUGGAUCUGUAUAUCCUGUCAGCCACUCCAAAAUCCUUGAUGCUGUCCAGGAAGCCCGGCGAGCUGCUGAGAAAGCUUAUGAAGUGGCAAAGAUUGAUGAGAGGGUGAACAGAGUUGUAGCUGCGGCAAACAAAGCAGCCAAUGCUGCCAGAGUUGCAGCUGUGAAGGCUGUCCAAAAACAGAUGCAUCAUAACAAUAGUGAUAACCUGUCAGCUGAGAUUGUCUGAUCCUAGAAGGCGACCCGGCUUCAAAUGCUGAGACAAUGCAAUGUUCUCCUUUUCACUUUCUUUAACCAAUCCUUUAAUUUUCCUAAGUAUUAUGAUACACGGAGGACCUGCUUGGAAUCACAUUCGGUCAUUGAAGAAGACAACUGAUUGUGGAGCAAGCCGUGGUCCCUUUCUCCAUUUUUGUCUUUCGGCUCAAGUAUUAUGUACAUAGCUUGAUAUUUAGAAGUUAUGGAAGGAUGGCACCUUGGUGCCAGAGUUUAAGCCUUGAACUCUCUCUUGACUUCGUCCUUACUUUGUAAGGUCAGAGAUUAAUUGUAUUCGGCUAAUUUAGAAGUCUACAAUUUUUUUCCC